GUGCGCAACGGCCACAUCAAGCGAAUCACCGACAAUGACAUUCAGUCGCUGGUGCUGGAGAUCGAAGGAACUAAUGUCAGCACCACGUACAUCACAUGCCCUGCUGACCCAAAGAAGACCCUGGGCAUCAAACUACCUUUCCUAGUGAUGAUCAUCAAGAACCUGAAGAAAUACUUCACUUUCGAAGUGCAGGUGCUGGAUGAUAAGAACGUGCGCCGGCGUUUCCGGGCAAGUAACUACCAGAGCAUGACUCGGGUGAAGCCCUUCAUCUGCACCAUGCCCAUGCGACUGGACGAGGGCUGGAACCAAAUCCAGUUCAACCUGUCGGACUUCACGCGCCGGGCUUACGGGACCAAUUACAUCGAGACCCUGAGAGUUCAGAUCCACGCCAACUGUCGCAUCCGACGGGUGUACUUCUCUGACCGGCUCUACUCAGAGGAUGAGCUCCCAGCUGAGUUUAAGCUGUAUCUGCCUGUCCAGAACAAGGCCAAGCAAUAACACCACGUCAGGAAGAGACAUGUUUGAGGUCAGUAAAGAGGAAAGCAGGUGGAAGAGAAGGCCGUGCUGAGACCAAGUUUUAGAUCAGCUCACCUUGCCUAGGAUAACUUUGAUUCAUCUGGUAUUCCUCUUCUGGACAGGAAAGUUA